CGUAAUUGUUCCUGUGGUCAGGCACCCCUCAUUUUGCGCUUGCCACUCACUAGAUCAAUCGGUAUCAAAACAUUAAACAAUCGGCUGAAAAUUUCGUAAGUCACUGUCAAUUUUUCGAAAAUGCAAUCAUUACAGAAACUAAAACUGCAAAUAUUAGAUCGAUGGAAUUACACAACGUCCAAAUGGAUAUAGCAGUGGUGAAUUAAAUCACAGAGCGACGGGUCAUGGGUCUGCAGGAAUCCUUGUGCAGAUCCGGCGGCUGACAAAUUGACUGCGCUGUGGGAAAAUAUCAGUUCAGUCGACCACGAAAUAGCACAUGCUCUUAUCUUACACAUUUUGGAACUAACAGAAUUAAAAUUUUGGAAUUUUAGCUGCAUUAGUCUUCUAAGUGUCGCUGCCACCGGAUUUUUGUGUCACUGCUCGUUAAACCGAACUCACAUGACUAGAAAUGAACAAAUUUGCUCCCUCAUUUUCUUAAAAGGAAUUUGGCAGUGGAUAUAUAGGCUUUUCCAGUCGAGCAGGAGGUACUCCCUCCGUUCCAUAAUAUAAGGCACACACACAUUUUAAGAUUGUACUUUGAUCACCAAUUAGACCAAUAAAAUGUGAAUUACGUGUUAUAAAAAUUAUACCACUUGAUUCAUAUCCGAAAGAAGUUUUAAGUUUUCGACGGUAUAAUUUUUACAAUACAUAAUUCAUAUUUUAAUAGUCUAAUUGAUGGUCAAAGUUGAACCUUGAAAUACGUGAGCUUCUUAUAUUAUGAAACGGAGGGAGUAGAAUACAUGGGACUCAACGUGCCGAGCGAAGACGAUAUGCCCAUCCAUACCAUCUUCUUACCUCUGGCCAUCCGGAAGAUUCUAGACGUUUGAAAACUUCCAAGCUAAUUAUAGACCAAAUCCUGAAAGUUCCGGUAGCUUUCUAGGCUCAGCCGGGAAGCCAUUUGGAAGAUUCCAGACAUCUGGAAAAUCUUCCGGAAUUCUGGAAGAGAAUCCAGAAAACCUGAUAGUCUUAACGUGCAGGUUUUUAAGGACCCCUGUAAGUACACCUUCUUUUUCCUUAAAGGGGACCUAGAUCUACCAUUUUAGCUCAAAAAAGCCUUUAAGAUCUAUCCACUCGUCCAACCAAAAUCAAAUCCUUUGUAGAAAAGAUAGAGAAGACCUAGAUCUACAAGCUCAUCCAAACCAAAUUGAUUUUCCUCUUUGCGUAGCUUUGGUUGUUUGUUACUCUCUCAUGUUCAUGGGAACCAUAGGCGAGCUAGGUGUCUUCCGGGGGCAUGCAAGUUGUGGAUUUGAAACCUAGACAAGUGUGUGAAGGUUGGAGGCCAUUUCAAGGUCUACCACUAGUGGAAGGAGUUUUACUUUGUGUGGAGCUCUAGGAGAUAUAAGGUGAGCCAUCGUUGCGUUGGGGGCUCUUUCGUGGUAUCCCACACGUCUCCAAACGGUGCCUAACUCUUCCGAAGAAGGUGAAUAACAGGAUACAUUAUCGUCUCCGGGUGCUUCGGUUAUCUCUAACCUUACUACAUUCAUUUAUGUUUAUAUUUGUGAUAACCUUGGUGCUUGAAGUUUGUUUCUCAUUAUAUCGUAUUGCUCACAUAGUUGCAUUAGGCUAACUUUUUAUCCGCAAAGACUGCAAAAGAAAUAAAGAAUUUAUAGAACCUAUUCAGCCCCUCUCUGGGGAUUUAUCUAUCUCGGUCAUUCACUCCCCAAUGCUUCGUCUUAAGUGCCAUUUGUUAACUCUCCGUUCCGGCAAAAAUUCAACAUGCCAUCGUAGUCAAAGAAUAGAGCGAUUGAUGUUGUGUCAUGACCUACAACUCUUGCCACAAGAUAUCAUAUAAAAUAUAAGAUACACUAACAAAAUGGUAAACAAUCUUCAACUUAUUGAACGAGGGAGACUAAGUAAUCCAUGACUAAGAAAUCUUGUGUAAAUCUAUUUUACUGCUGGACAGUAGCAGCCUCGUUUGACCAGCUUGAAGAGAAGGGAAUCUUCAUCUUGCGAGGCACUCUGCUACGACGCCUAUUAUAUAAACAUCGUUGGAGUAGCAAAUUUGUAGCAAAAUCCAGUUGCGCCACCACAAAUUAUGACUUUCUAGACUCCAGAACCUUGCUCGCCACUCCACUUAUUUAUCCAUCGUCGAGCAACCGUUCGAACACCUGAGAAAAGAAGCCCCGACAAAACUGAAUCAUGGACAGCACUGGCAAAUCGGCCAUGGCGACCAGCGAGGGGCCGAGCAUCCUCUUCCUCCCGUUCCCGGGGGCGCAGGGCCACACGAACCCGAUGCUCCAGUUCGGCCGCCGCCUCGCUUACCAGUACGGCUUCCGCCCCACGCUCGUCGUCACCCGCCACGUGCUCUCCAGGGCCCCGCCCCCCGACGCGCCCUUCCAUGUGGCCGCCAUCUCCGACGGCUUCGACGCCAGCGGCAUGCCGUCCUGCUUCGACAUGGCAGAGUACUUGCGCCGGCUGGAGGCAGCCGGGUCGGACGCGCUGGCGCGGCUCAUCUCCGACGAGGCGCGCGCGGGGCGGCCCGUGAGGGUUCUCGUGUACGACCCGCACGUGGCGUGGGCACGGCGGGUGGCGGGGGACGCCGGCGUGCCCGCGGCCGCGUUCUUCUCGCAGCCGUGCUCGGUGAACAUCUUCUACGGGGAGCUUCACGCGGGGCGGAUGGCGAUGCCGGUCACGGAGGCGGACGCGCGCGCGCUGCUCGCGCGUGGAGCGCUGGGGGUGGAGCUUGGGAUGGAGGAUUUGCCGCCGUUCGUGGCAGUGCCUGAGUUGCAGCCCGUGUUGACCAAGGCGUCGAUUGGGAAGUUUGAGGGGCUGGAGGACGCCGACGACGUGCUCGUCAAUUCGUUCCGCGACAUCGAGCCAACGGAGGUAGAAUACAUGGAGUCGACGUGGCGAGCGAAGACGAUAGGCCCAUCCUUGCCAUCCUUUUACCUCGACGAUGAUCGUCUGCCAUCCAGCAAGUCUUAUGGUUUCAACCUCUUCAACGGCGAUGAUGUGGUUUGCAUGGAAUGGUUGGAGAAGCAGACCAUUUCAUCUAUUGUGCUUGCGUCCUAUGGGACAUUCUCCGAAUACGACGAAUCCCAGCUAGAGGAGCUUGGGAAUGGAUUAUGCAGUUCUGGUAAGCCUUUCCUUUGGGUUGUGAGGUCCAAUGAGGCACAUAAAUUAUCAGAAGAACUCAAAACGAAAUGCAAGAAGAAUGGACUAAUAGUUUCUUGGUGCCCCCAACUUGAGGUUCUGUCACACAAGGCCAUAGGUUGUUUCUUAACGCAUUGUGGAUGGAACUCAACAUUGGAGGCAAUGGUUAACGGUGUACCUCUUGUGGGAAUUCCACAUUGGGCAGACCAGCUCACCAUCGUGAAGUAUGUGGAAAGCGCAUGGGACAUGGGCGUGCGAGUGCAGAAGGGCUUAAAUGGACAAGUGAGGAGGGAGGAGGUUGAGAGAUGCAUCAAGGAAGUGAUGGAUGGAGAGAGGAAGGAUGAGUACAAAAGGAAUGUUGCGAAGUGGAUGCAAAAGGCCAAGGAGGCAAUGCGCCCUGGAGGAAGCUCAGACAAUCAUAUUGCUGAAUUUGCUGCUAAGUAUUCAUCAAGUUAAAAGUAUAGUUAUGCAAUGCUUAUUUCAUGACAAGUAACUAGGCACUGGUUUGAGCCCUACAAAAUGUUUAGGGAGAGAAGUACAUGUUUGCUUUGUUCUGUAAUUGUUCAUGUUAAUCACAUCUUUUGUGCCAUACCAAUUGUUUCUCAUAAAAUCUUAUGGUACUUAAAAUUACUAUUA